CGACCUAUCAACCACAUGCAUCAGAUAUCAAAUAUGAAGUGUAUCAUAGUGUUGUGCCUUGCAGUGAGCGCCUUGGCUGAGCUACCUCGCUACAGACCAGCGAGGUUCCGUUCUCAACGCCAAGAAUUAGCUCCAACAACCACGGAUAGUCCGACCGAAUCCACUACGGAUGUAACUGGACCAUAUCCGCCGUCUGGUUGGAAGCCGUCUGGUGCGCCGUUCACGCUGCCAGACCCAACGGACCCGACACCAACGGACGCAGACCCUACAGGACCUUAUCCUCCAUCUGGCUGGAAACCAUCGGGCGCGGCGUUUACUCUACCAGACCCAACAGACCCCACGCCAACAGACGCUGAACCUACAGGACCCUACCCGCCCUCUGGCUGGAAACCAGCAGGACAACCGUUCGCGCUACCACAAGAAACUUACGGUGCUCCUGACAGCUCAUAUGGACCUCCAGAAAACACAUAUGGACCUCCAGAAAACACAUACGGACCUCCAGAAAACACCUACGGACCUCCUGCAUCUACCACGGAAGCAGAAAAGUUAGAUGGACCUAUAGAGGUUCAGAGAAGCAUUGGAACGUAUUUUGUUUUGCUACCAAAUGGACAGUUACAAAGAGUUGAGUUUCUCACAGAGAAUGAUAUACAGAAUAUGAAAUAUACAGCCAGAUUAGAGUUAAGAGAUCGUGCGCCGUUGUAUGUGUUCGGGCCCUAAAUGGUAUCAAAUGUAAGGACUAAUAAAUUAUUAAAACUA